AUGACGGACAGCGGCAAGUGUGCGUUUGUUCUUGGGAUCGAGCUUUUGGACGGUGAAGAUGGCAGUGUGACACUAUGUCAGCGUCGGUAUGUCGAUGAUAUCCUCAAGCGCUUUGGCAUGUAUGAUUGCAAGGCAGUCGCAAGUCCAGUCGACAUGAGCUCUCGACUUGCUUCAAGUGAUGCAACUACCAAGGUCGAUGCUCCUUUUCGCGAAGCUGUUGGUGCGUUGAUGCACCUGACCACUGCAACGCGUCCGGACAUUGCGUUUGCUGUGGGCUAUGUGUCGCGGUUCAUGGAAAAUCCCCAAGAAGAACACUGGGUUGCAGUUAAGCGUAUCUUUCGCUACCUACAAGGCACCAAGACGCAUGGAAUUUGCUACAAGCCAAGUGCAAGGAUCGACUUCCGUGGAUAUUCGGAUGCGGAUUGGGCUGGUGAACUUACCGACCGCAAGUCAACAUCGGGGUACACGUUCAUGCUACUCGGUGCGCCAGUGAGUUGGGGCAGCAAGAAGCAGCCAAGUGUUUCGUUGUCCACGACUGAAGCUGAAUACAUCGCACUCAGCUUGGCGAUUCAAGAGGGCAAGUGGAUUCAUCGUCUGCUUUGUGAGAUCGUGAUGGCUGCCAAUGAAGAAGGACCGGAACUCAUGAUUCAUGAAGACAAUCAGUCAUGUAUCAAGAUGACGAAGAACCCGGUCAACCACGGCCGUGCCAAGCACAUUGAUAUCAAGUACCAUCACAUCCGUGAUGAGGUCAAGCGCGGUGAAGUGAAGCUCAAGUAUUGUGAAACUGCGGUGAUGUUAGCGGACAUCAUGACGAAGGGACUUCAUGGACCACGCCACAAGGAGAUGACGACGGCUCUCGGGAUUCGUGAGCAUUCGGAUUGA